AUGGUGUUAAACAAGGACCAAUUAUUGAACGAAUUUUACGCGAGUGUUGAGAAGUCACUUGGGAAGAUCUCCUAUGCGUGUGUUCAUAUUCUUAUUUGUAUUCUCUUUUCUAUAUCAACUUUUUACCUCAUUCCCAUCCACGUUGCUUCGACUGAUAAACAAACUUCACAAGUAACAUAUUUGCACACAUUUAAUUGUCUCAUUUUUGCUUCGGUGGAGUACUUUUUACUCAAAUGUAAGUCGACAAAAAAGAAUAUUUACACGUAUCGCACGUACUCAUUUAAACGAGUUGGGUAUUGCAAAAUAUGUGGUAAAGAGAAAUACCCACGUGUCCACCAUUGCAGUAUUUGUAAUUCGUGUACACUUCGAAUGGACCAUCACUGUCACUUCUUAAAUUGUUGUAUUGGGCUUCACAACUUAAAGUUCUUCUUUCUCUUUUUAUUAUACGCCUUUGCAAUUGUCUCAAUCCAUUUCAGGUUGUCGAUACUCGUUCUUGUGUCGCAUCAAAAGGUACCAAACUUCUCGUAUGUACUCCCAUCUAUUUCUCUGUUAAUAUGUCUAAGUUGUGGUAUCUCUACCUUUGUGUUACUCGCAGUGCAAUUCUUACUCAUUUCUUUUAACAUGACUACUAUCGAGUUCUUUGCUUUUCUCAAUAAACUCAAACACGACGAAUUUCACUUCAAUCACUUCAACAAGUCACUCAUCGAAAACUGGGAAGACGCUUUCCAUGUCGAGUCAUUCGCAAGACUUCUCCUCGCAUUUCUACCUUUUUUCGAUUUGUAA